AUGUCAAGCAACGAUUCUGACAGUGCUAGCGGAAUUGAAAGUAACGAUCGAUUGGUACCAUCCACUUCAUCUUUGUCCAAUACUGAUGCUGAUACUAAUACUGAUACAGCUGAUGAAAUUGAUAUAAGUAAAUGGACAAUUUUUCCAACGGCGAAGAGAGAUCCUUUUCGUUUUUCUGGAAAUCGUGAAGCACAAGCUUAUGGAGCACAGAUUCUCAUAAAAUUCUGGAAUUAUAUUUUCCCUAGAAAUAUGGUACAAAAAAUCGUCUAUGAAACAAAUCGUUACGCUGAAACUAUGUGUAAUACUUCGAAUCCUCGUCAACAGUAUUCACGUAUAAACAAAUGGCAGCCAACGAGUAUCGAAGAAUUUAAUAUUUUUCUUGCUAUACUGAUAUUGCAAGGAAUAAUUCGCAAGCCAGAACUUCAGAUGUAUUUCACAACUGAUGAACUUUUAGCUACACCUAUUUUCAGCAAAAUACUAACUGCUGAUCUAUUCCUGAUGUUACUCAAGAUGUUACAUUUUGAAACGGAUGAAGGUUCUGAUGCCAAAUUGAAAAAGAUUUGGGCAGUUAUCGAAGGUCUAGGUUCAUCAUUCAAAGAUUAUAUAAACCCGGAAGAUUCUUAUGCGUUGACGAAAGUUUGCAUUUGUACAAGGGUCGUUUAUCGUGGAAACAGUUUAUUCCUUCCAAAAGAGCACGAUUUGGAUUCAAGUUCUAUAUGA